UUUCAUGUCGAUAUGAUGUUUGUCAGCGAUGUCUCAGAGAACAGAUUCAGUGUUUGUCUCGUCUCUGGGUAAAGGAGACACUUUACAUCAACAAGUUCUAGCAGCUUUUCCUUUGUGUGGGAUCUCAGAGGAGGAUUUGAUCCAGAACCCACAGUUCUGUAAGUUACUGGCGACUCUGUCUCAGCAUGUGGACCGAACCGGACUCACACAGCACCUCAGGAGGGACCGAGAGAAGGUCCGAGCCCUCACACUGAUGCACACUUCACAACCACAAGCUGUGGAGUGUGUGCUCGCAACACCAGGGUCAUGGGUUCGAUUCCUGCUGAUAAAAUACCAUUUCUGCAGCAUGCUGGAGCAGUGUUUGAUGGUGGCUCAGUGUGUGAAACAGAUGGACGUCAGCUCUGAUAGCACUGAAGAUCACAGCGGCAUUCUGGGACUGACUGCAGAAAGAGUCCAGAGACAAAUGCCUCCUGAACAGGAGCUGCUAGAGAUGAAGCAGAGGUUGCCAUCAGAACUCCUGCAGCAUCUGAAGAAGAAGGCCGUCAGUGUCCUGACUUACUAUCAGCCGGAGUGGGAGAAUGAAAGCGAGGGUCUCAGGAGUGUGAAGCUUUCCAAACUUCCCGAACUGCUGGACGCUGAGCAAAAGAGAGCCAAGAGCCUUACAGAGAAGAACCGAGAGAACGAGACGUUACUGCAGCGGCAAACACACGCGCAGCUGUCUGUGAGUCCAGAGAAACCACACGCAUGUCUGCAAGUCACCUGA